UUUUUGCAGUUCGUUUUAUCUUUGAAUAGCGUUGAAGAAAAAUAAAAUAAUACAAAAUACAAUACCUUUUAAUAAGUGUAAGGUUUUUUUAUCUAAUACAUCGAAUUGAUUAUACAUAUUAAAAUAACAUACUGAUAAUCUAUUAUUUCCUGUUCGAGAAGUACCUAGACACCUCUUACGAAUUAUCGUAAGAGGUGUUUAGGUACACUUAAGGGGUAAACUUAUAAAGGCAAGUAUCGUCGCCGAUUGUUGGAUAUUGCAAGUGAGCGACAUGGCGUCAGUUAGGUGGUGGUCCGUUGUAUUGUCGAUGUUGGUGGCAGUCGCCUUCUGCUUCGCCGCUCAGCCUCGGGCGAUGUUAUGGACACAGGUGAACGCAAGUCAGCCGGUCAGAGACGACAUCCCCCAACAAUGCAUCGACAACUCUGUGACUCCGGUGUCGUGCGCGCACGUGACGAGCCCGGACGCGCUGCUGCCGCACCCCGACGACUGCCAGCUGUUCUACUACUGCGUGUCGGCGGCGCACGCGCCCGUGUGCCGAGCCUGCCCCGCGCACCUGCACUUCAGUCCCACCGAGCACGUGUGCGACGAGCCGCAACACGCCGGCUGCCUGCUCUCCACUACCCCCGACCCCGACCGAACCACAGAGGAGCCAUUAAGUACUUGGGAUCAAUAACGUACUUACCUAAAUCAUCAACGUCGAGUUGCCUUUGCGAUAAUAUUAUUA